AGGGCCCUGCACGGGCUCCUGUCCCGGCCGUGCCCCGGGCUGUCUGUCAGCACACCCCUGCUCUUGCUGCUUGCUGCCUGUCUGCCAAGCUCGGCUGCUGCGUUUUGAGCCCAGGUUAAAGGGAAGAGAAGUUGAAAACACCCUCCUGGCUGUGCUCUGGGCCUCCCCUCCGUCUCCAUCAUGGCAGGGGGCAUCACUGACACCGGAGAGCUUUACUCUCCAUAUGUUGGCCUGGUUUACAUGUUCAACCUCAUCGUCGGGACAGGAGCCCUCACGAUGCCAAAGGCCUUUGCGACAGCAGGGUGGCUCGUCAGCCUCAUCCUCCUCAUGUUCCUGGGAUUUAUGAGCUAUAUGACUACGACCUUUGUGGUGGAAGCCAUGGCUGCUGCAAAUGCCCAGCUGAGAUGGAAGAGAAUGGAAAAACGCAAGGAGGAUGAUGAGGAUGAAGAUUCUUCCUCUGGAGUAUCUGACAGUGAUGUUCUCCUCCCAGAUGGCUACGAGCGAGCAGAGACACGGCCUAUCCUGUCAGUUCAGAGACGUGGCUCACCCAAUAUCUUUGAAAUCACUGAGAGGGUGGAAAUGGGCCAAAUGGCUUCCAUGUUCUUCAAUAAAGUGGGUGUCAACCUCUUCUAUUUCUGCAUAAUUAUCUACCUCUAUGGAGAUCUGGCAAUCUACGCAGCAGCAGUACCAGUCUCUCUCAUGCAGGUGACCUGCAGUGUCACUGGCAACCAUUCUUGUAGUGUUGGAGAUGGCACAAAGUACAACGACACAGACAAGUGCUGGGGGCCAAUUCGACGGAUUGAUGCUUACAGGCUGUACCUGGCAGCAUUCACUCUCCUCUUGGGUCCUUUCACCUUCUUCAAUGUGCAGAAGACCAAGUAUCUUCAAAUCAUGACGUCCCUCAUGAGAUGGAUAGCUUUCAUCCUCAUGAUAAUUCUGGCCCUCAUCCGCAUCAGCAGAGGCCAAGCUGAAGGUCACCCGUCCAUGGCCCAGCUGUCGGGCAUCCGCAAUCUCUUUGGGGUGUGCGUCUACUCCUUCAUGUGCCAGCACUCCCUGCCAUCCCUCAUCACACCCAUCUCCAAGAAGAAGCAUGUCAACAAGCUCGUGCUGCUCGAUUACAUCCUGAUCCUGGCUUUCUACAGCCUCCUGUCCUUCACUGCCAUUUACUGCUUCCGCAACGACACCCUCAUGGACAUGUACACGCUCAACUUCACCAACUGUGAGAUCAUCAACGUUGCCUUCAUUCGGUACUUCCUGGGCCUCUUCCCCGUCUUCACCAUCAGCACCAACUUCCCCAUCAUCGCAGUGACCCUGCGCAACAACUGGAAGACCCUUUUCCACAGAGAAGGGGGGACCUACCCGUGGGUGGUGGAUAGGAUUGUCUUUCCUGCCAUCACAUUGAUUCCCCCAGUGCUGGUGGCUUUCUGCACCCACGAUCUGGAGUCCUUGGUGGGGAUCACAGGAGCCUAUGCUGGGAAUGGGAUCCAGUAUCUCAUCCCGGCUUUCCUCGCAUACUGCAGUCGGAAGGACACUCAGCUCGUCUUCGGCAGCGGGACGGUGAACAAGCACCUCUCCCCCUUCAGGCACACCUUCUGGAUUGUGUUUGUGCUCAUUUGGGGCUUUUCUUGCUUUGUGUUUGUGACUGCAAACAUUGUCCUGAGCGAGUCAAAGCUCUGAUGGGGGAUAGCAGCACGUUCCCUCUGGGGCUCCAGAGACUCCAGCAUUUCAGCUCCCCCUCUGGGACUGUGCAGUGGGGGAGAGGUAGUGUGAAGGGAAGUUUCCAGGCCACUGGCUUGGUGACACGGGUCAGACCUGGACACAGACUUUCUUCGCUCCAUUUUGGGUGUGGAUGGAGUGGAUUCAGCCUUGUCACAGUCGUGGUUCUCAGACAAAGCCCUGGGGCUGAGCCCUUGGCAGCCUGCACCAUUAACCAGUGUCCAGCCAUUUCUGCCUUCGGCUCUGUCGGAGCAGCACGUUCUCUGUCCCUCAGUGGCUCUCUGAGUGCUGCAGGUCUCGGCACACAGAAGAGCAGACAGCCUCGGCUGCUCACUGCACUGAUCAGCUAAAUGUCCCUUCUCCCAAAGGCAGGGAUGUGCUGUGCAGAAUCCACCAGGAGUUUGGGAGAACUGAGUCUCCCUUCUGCUGAGACUCCUUCAAACCAACCUCCUGUGCCACCUGAAGGAAGAAAUUAGAGUGGGAAUAGACCUAAUUCAGAA